AUGUUGAACAAGCCUGAGAGGAACUAUUCGGUCUAUGAAAAGGAGUUUGUUGCAGUGGUGCACUUUGUCAAGUUCUUCAGGACCUACUUGUUGGGACGUCAUUUUUAUGUGUAUACCGAUCAUCAGGCGUUGAGGUAUAUCUUGUAUAUCAAGAAUGACGCAUCAAGUCGGGUGUUACGUUGGCAAUUGGCUAUGCAAGAAUACGACUUUGAUGUAUACUAUCGACCUGGGAAGCAGAAUGCAAACCCUGAUGCGUUGUCAAGGUUACCAGAACGAGCCUAUGCGCAAGAGGAGAGGCUUCAUAGUGAGGAUAAUGAAGAAGACGUGAAGAGCCUACGGCAAUGGGUCUUGUUGACACAAAAGACAUUCUCGAAUCAUACAACACCGGUACAACAGCAUUCAAGAGGGUUGGCUAAUUUACGAGGAGGAGUAGAUGCGCAAGAAUAUGCAGACCUAUGGAUGUAUCUCACUGCCAUGUCUUAUCCACCAAAAUAUGAUGAGAAGGCACGAGCAAGAUUGAGGGCAAAAGCAGCAGACUAUGAGGCACGAAAGGAUGGCAUCUACAAGAGACCAAAUGAGAGGCAUGGAUAUCGCAAGUUGGUACAAGAAAAAGAGUUGUUGAAGGUGUUACAAGAAUGCCAUGACCAUUGGAUAGCGGGACAUCAAGGUGUAAAACGCACAUGUGAUCGAGUUUGCGAAAGAUACUAUUGGCCUGGAUAUUUCAAUACGGUGAGGCAGUAUGUCAUGUCAUGCAAGGUGUGCCAACUGCAUGGACCAAAGAACCCACCAGUACCACUCAUACCAUACCAAGCACCAAAGGAAGGACCUUUAAGCGAAUUGAUGAUUGAUUUCCUUUCAGUGGGUGUACUAUCGGAGCAAGGCAAUACCUCGGCUAUUGUGGGAGUGGACAUGUUUAGUAGAUGGCCCGAGGCAAAAGCGACACCGAAUCAAACCGCCAAAGCUGCCGUGGGUUUCUUGUAUGAGUGGAUUUGCCGAUAUGGAUUACCAAGAAGAAUCAUCAGCGAUAAUGGGCCACAUUUUACUGCGGGAGUCACUACAGCUAUGUUGUCCAAGUACGGGUUACGCAUCGAGUUCGGUCCACCUCAUCACUCUCAUCGACAAGGAAAAGUGGAACGAAUGAUCAAGAGCAUAAAAGCUAUACUCAAACGGUUGUGCACGGCCUAUGUUGGUGCUUGGGAUGUGUGGUUACUAGCCGCGUUAUUCGUGAUCCGCACAUCGAAAACACAAGCAUAUGACGCUUCUCCCUUCUUCAUUAUGCAUGGAAGACAUCCACGAACUCACGAAGAUUAUGACUUACCCCAGUCUGAUGAGGCAGGAGAGGAUGAUGAAGAGCUGUUGGUGUUGCGACUUGAAGAAAUCAUUGGUCACCAUGAGUACACAUUACCAAGGAUGAUAGUGAGACAAGAAAAGUACCGAUGGAGUAUGAAAGAAAAAUAUGACAAGAAGGCGAAGCCAGCGAGAUAUCUAUUAUAUGACCAAGUUUGGGUGCAAGAUAACAUCUCGAAGCGGUUUAAAUCAGCAUUACCUCCAAGAUGGUUUGGGCCCUACCGUGUCAAGGAAGUGCUGGGUAGAAAUACCUACCGAUUACAAGAUGGGAAUUUGACCCUCCCCCAUCCAUAUCAUGCUGACCAAAUGAAGAUUUACAUGACGCGUCCAAAAACCUAUACAAGUCAUCAUGAUUCAAGUGGUGAACUCGAGGAGCCUAGUAGCCAUGGACAAGUUGAGGUGGGAGGCAUGAGGGGCUCUCUACCUCCCACCUGGAGGAGUGUAGUGAAGGAUGAUAGCCCGGAUCUGAUGCAGCAGCCAGGAAUGAAAAGAUCGGCUUCCGAGACCUCACCCCAACAUCCCACAAGCCAUGCAUAA